AUGGUUGUGACAGCGGUGGCUGGUAUGCCUGUUUACUAGUUCCACAAUAGCUAUUGUGAGGCGUGUUGUAAUUUCCUCUGUGUAGUAUCCUCACCUUAGUCUUAUUCGCUGGGCACACAAUAGCACACACCCAGCCGCUGUGUGUGUUAGCGUCAUACUGUGUGUGUGAGAGAGAGUCACAGUGUGUGUGUGUGUGUGUGUGUGUGUGUAUUUGUGUGUGUCUGAGCUUCAGAGUGUUAGUAUCACUGCAUUGUGCCUAUUCCACAUUCCACAAAAUUAUGUUUUUAGAUUAUUUCCCCCAAAAUGUUUAUCGCUUCAGAUUGAAACCGUAGAUGAGAACCGCAUUGAAUGAAUAGUGUUGUGAAAAAGGGCUAUUUCCUCAUCGUCGGAAGGCAUGCAGUAAAUGCAUGGUUUACGAGGUCAGGAAUUUACGCACACAGAGGUUUCCAGGCGGGGUGUUUUGAUUUGGUUUUGAUGAGGAUGUUUUGGGCCUCUUGGCUACUGACUCGAGUAACGCCGCCCGUCUCCGCUCUGUCUGUGUUUACCACUCACAAUGACCUGGAGAUAGGCUCAUUCUAUUCUUGUUUUGUCUGGAUGGUGUUAAUUGUUUUGGUUUUGUCUCAUUUAGCCUAGCGCCCUAGUGCCUGGCUUAUGAUGACUUUUGAGUGUGGCAAUGGUUCUUAUGCAGACUUUUGACUAUGGUAAGUUGCUUAUGUGUAGGGCCUUCUCAAAUCACUAAAUCACAGAAGCUAGACAUUAAAACGGAAUUCAACAAUAUUCAAAAAUGUAUUGACCUUGGUAGGAAAUCAACUAAAUCGAUUGAACUUAUUAGAAAAUGUAUAAAUUUUAUCAUAAGACAGUUUAUCAUAAGACAUGAACAAAAUGUGUCAGUGAUUCAUAUUCCCUGCAACUUUCUGCAACUGUCUGUGAUGCACGUGUAUAUCUACCCUUUGUGUAGCCGUUAGCGAUGAUGCUAAUGAUAACCUUCUUCUUGUCGAGAUGGAAAGGCUUUCUCAAAAACCUUCACAAUUAAAUGUUAUUUACGAAGUAAACUAUGCCUACCUGGCAGAAUGAUAUCAUGAUUAUUUGCAUCAAUCCAGUGGCCUUUUGUUUUGCAAGCUCCGUAAUCACGUGCACUACAUAAACCCAGCUGACUAAAGAAUGGUCUCUUGCUGGUGCACAAUUGAAUUCAAGGGUAACUACACUCAACAUUUUAUCCUGAUGUGGUUUAAGCGUUGUUGUGGACUUAGAACAUCCAAUAAAAACAUGUAAUUGUUUUUCUCUGUACCAGGAAGUGUAGUUCAUCCAUCCUUGCAUUAAUUCUAUGAUGCAUGUUUUUAUUUAUUUAUUCUUUAUUUAACCAGUGCCCGUAUCCACAAAACAUAGGAUCUAGGAUCUGUCCAUAUAAUAUUAUUAAUUAUGAUCUAAAAGUCUAAACUGAUCCUAGAUCAGAACUCCUACUCUGAGACGCUUUGUGGAUACAGGCCCUGGUCACAUUGGGAUAGGAAUCUCUUUUUCAAGGUAGCCCUGAGUCCUUUAGGUGCCGGUUGUCAUUGCUAUGACCUGUCAUUUGCGUCACAAACUGUGUCAGUACUGUUACUUACCACUCCAUGACUCACCACCUGCGCUAGUACACGUACCUACUAACACACUGCCAUUACAGUGAAAUAGCAGGGCAGAAAUACACACACACACACACACACACACACACACACACAGCUGCUAAGUGGUUGCGCUAAAGCAGGACCUCUAGAUUCACUCUUCUGUCAAUACAUUUUGUCUGUAAUUGUGUUUUGAGUGUUUUCAUAUCUAAUCAGGUCUUUGUCUAAGUGUAGAAUAAUGUAUGUGUGGUUGAAUAUCUGCUCUGUUUCAACCACCGCUGCACUGCACGUCCUCAGUGUACUUUGAUUAGCAUUUAGCAUGUCACCCAUGAGUAAAUUAGGUGCAUGUGUGUGUGAGAUCGCCUGGAUGACCUAGGCUGUGUGAAGAGCUGUCAUUAUGAGGCUGAUGAGGCUGAGACACUUGAGUUUGCAUUAACACAGUAAUACACUUGAUGAACCUCUGCUCUGCCCCCACCUCCAUGUAUGGCUCUCCUUCCUUCCCCCUCUCUUACUCUUUCCUCUUUCCUUCUCUCUCUCUAUCUCUCUCUACUUUUCCUUCUCGCUCUCUCUCUCUCUCUCUCUCUCUCUCUCUCUCUCUCUCUCUCUCUCUGUCUCUGUCUCUGUCUCUGUCUCUCUCUCUGUCAUGAUUAGAGACUGAUGAGCAACACUUCAGUUGUCAUUAACACAAUGACAUACCCUGCACCCUCGUUCUGCAGUCAACACAUCUCUGAUACCCAUGCAUACAACUGCAGAUGGAUGUGGUAUGCACUGCAUGUUAGGUAGCCUACUCUGUAAACCACUGUAGCACUGUCAUUCUCAUGAUAACCUCCUAAAACUGAUGUCAGAUGUACGCUGUGAUCAGACAGACAUGAUGUCACGAUGGCUGUCACCGCUCGUCUCCCUCUCUCCGGUUCCCGAUUGGCUGUGGCAGGUCGGCGGGUGGGCCCAGCGCUUCUAGCUGGAAAAAAGAGCAGUGUUUUUAAACGUUUGGGCUAAUGUCCCUUCACUCUCAAUGAAGAUCACAUAUAACCACCGGCUGGCAUUGACUAUGUAAUCUGUUUCUGUCACCUCCACCCUCCACUCUGUGGGCUGGGAACACAACACACUGAGAGUUUUUAUCCCAGCUUAGGGCCUUCACAGCAACCUUUGAAAUGCACUAAUUGCUCUUUUAUCAUAAAAUAGAACAUUUGAUAUGAAGUGAAAUAAUACAAAUGAUUUCCUGAACAAAUACAGCUUGUCCAAUUGCACAGUGUUGAGUAAUAUUAGUUCAGGUGUGAACAAAUGUGUCAUUUGUCAUGGAAAACAUUGUUGUGUAAGGCCCUGUCAAACAUUUUCUGGCCUAUCCAGACAAAGAAUCGACGGAGCCCAGCCUGGGAGACGACAUAUCAAAUCAAAGUGUAUUAGUUACAUACACAGAUUUGCAGAUGUUAUCACAGGUGCACCGAAAUACUUGUGUUUCUAGCGCCAACAGUGCAGUAAUACCUAGCAAUACAAACAAAAACAAUACACACAUAAUCCAUAUGAAAGGGGACAGUUUAGCGAUUUCAUCAAUCGUGGUUUCAUCUCGCUGUGAUAUUUUCAGCCGGAUUUAGAGCUCUCAUUGUGAAAAAUUACGAAAUAACUUCGUAGAAUUGAACCACGACCGGUUUCUCUUGGUCACAGAGGGACGAAAUCCCUUCAUCCGUAAAGCCGAAGUUGUAACGAGUCUGCAAACAUUCUAAUGGGGUCUCUGCGUCGAUCAGAGGAGGCUUGGCAGAAGAAGAAAAAAAGCUCUAUCACUAAAUGUGAUCAUAUUUGUUUUACAGUUAUAUGAAAGGUUAAAUCUUAUAAUAAGUCAUUUAUAAUAAGUCAUUUACCUCAGCAAUGUAUAACUAUCUUUAUCAGAAAGGUGAGUUCCAGACCUUUCUAGAACUAUGCAGCAUUACUAGUUAUUGUUUAUGGCCAUCUCAUGAAAAUAAUUACUUUUGGGUAUGUCUAUUAUCAAAAAUUUUCCCAUAACGUUCUGACACGAUCGGGACCUGUUCCUUGUGAUGGUCAACUAGAAACUGCCUCUUAAGCAUUUACCCCAAAAACAUCACCCCUAAUGUCGCUUUAAGGGGGUUCAAGUUUAUUAUGCUUUAAUAAAUUCACCUACAAGUUUGGCCCUGCAUAGUUAUUGUUUUUUUCAUAUGGGAGUUUAUUUUACAAUCGAAACUGUGGAGGUUAAGUUGAGUACCAGGCCCUGUGGAAGGGUUGCCAGAUUCUGACUGAUUUGUGUUUGUGAAUAGUACAGUGUGGUCGUGGCACCUCCCUCCCUCUGACAUUUGAAUGAAGGAAAAUACUACACGCCUCUACUCCCCCUCCAUUGCUCUGGGUCGAAGUUGCACUUCAACACAGAUCUAGGAUCAGCCUACAAUCUCCAAAUCCUAAUCUGAUUAGAUCUUGAUGAAAUGCAAAAAUGACCUCAGAUUACUGUGUAGUGUCAACUUAAUCCACUCCCCCUUGCUUGCGCUCAAUCUAGGAUCAGCUAUCCAGUUUACCCUCCCCAAAUCCUAACUUGUUAGGGUGAUGUGCAAAACUGACCUUGAAUCAGUGUCUAGGGGCAAAUGCAUCCUAGUCCUCUUCCCCCACACUGGGCCGUCUCACCUCUCCAACCAAUCAGUUACUCUUAUCAGCAGCGAGUAUUUGAGUGUUUACAUUUGAACAGUGGCCAAAGCAAAUAGGACCGCACCAAAUACUAUUAUCCAUGGGGGCCCGACUCCAAUGUUUACACCACCAUGCCAAUUGCUCCUUAAUUUUCGCUCCAUCUGUAUGAAAAUGAUUUACAGACGAAUCCGAGCUCAAAAACACUUGACCACAGCCUCUAUGCAAACAGUGUAUCACAUUUACGCACCCUCCUGAGAUAUAGACUUCUCACCAACUUCAAGAAAACAUCUGUGCUCUGGUAUCUUUGUCUGAAAUCAGAGGGCGAUUCAAUUCCGCCUUUCUAUGAAUAAUUGUGUAAAUAGAAUGUCAGUUGAUUCAUAAUACAUCACACACCCACUUAGGUCUGUAAACUUUGUGAAAUGUAAAAUGGCCAUAAUUUUGAUAGGAUUUAAUUAGCUUUACCGGUACCGCCUUAUUCCAGCCCCUGUAGCUGCUUAUUCUGGUCAGUGAGUUCAGCUUACCACUUGAGUACGUCAUCACUAUAUGAGUCAUGUGGACCCAUCUUAAGUCCCAAUCCUCUGACUCCUUCAGAACUCUCUGCUCUACAGUAUUUGUACAGAGAAAGUCAACUACCCUCACUAACACUGAUAGCCUGAUCCCAGAUCUAUUUAUGCUAUGUUGCCUCUUUCCAACUCCUACUGGCAAGACUGCACAAACAGAUCUGGGAUCAGGCUAUACAGAGAUGCUGUAUCUAUACUGUAGCUGCCUUAAAGGUUUAAUAUCACCAUAACCUGCUCCCAACUCCCUCUAUAGACCCAGUGUUCCUCCCUACACUUCAAUAAACCACCCUUUCAUUUUAUAGUAACGAGAGAGAGCAUGCUUCUGUCCCCUAUGGCCCGGCCUGUUAACACUGGGGCAGCCUGCCAAGCACAAUACAGCAUAGGAUGCAGAGAGAGAGCAGUGAAAGAGAGGAGAUAGUGAGAGAGAGAGCAGUAAGAGAGAGAGAGAGAGAGAGCAAGUGACUGAGAGGGGGGAGAGAGAGAGAGAGAGAGACAGAGCACAGGAAGAGAGCGCGAACUGCAGUAAUAGAUGAUACGGCCAUAACCCCUGAAAAGCUCUGUUGCACAUAAAACGUAUGUUCCCCUCUGUAAUACAGGAAGGUUUAGGCCUGGAUUGCUGUGCCCUGUGUUUAGUGCAGAUUUGUCAUGUCCCAUGUUGGAAUUUCAUUGAAAAUUCUAAAAAAAGAAAAGUUUAUUUUGAACUUUAGUCUUUUGUGAUAGAUAAACACAGGAGCACUAUCAUAAUGAGUCGGUAUAGUAAUGCUUCAUGAUGUGAGUAAGUUGUAUGUACAAUUUAUUAGGUAUAGUUUGCCUCUCUAACUGCCACUUGGGCUGAGGAAUAGAACGGCAUAUUUCCCCAAAACGCAAACGAAUGACUAAUUUGACCUUUUAUGGUUCCUUUUUUCAUUUUCCACAACUUCUUUCUCACUAACUACCGCAUGUUAAAAAUGCUUUUCUUAUUAUACUAGCGUUUAGACCGUAGAGAGAGGAAGGGUAGGCAUGUCAAGUCGAACACAUGAAAGCAUGUUCCUGCUUCAGCUGGCCACACCGCAAGCCCUGCUAGCUGCGGAGAUGGGUGUCCCGGCUAGUUCCACUUCCUGGUCCUCUGUUGUUGUGUGACGGUGUCUGACCCAAAGACACACACACUAACUCCCACAGGGCUUCUGGGUCAUACUCCAGUAGUCAGAGAGCUCGAGGGGCUUAGAACACCAGCUAACAUACGUGACCCGCACCACUACACCCUGUUUAUGUCCCCCAACUCCAUUGGGUACCAGGUGUCAUAAGCUUGUGGUUUUCCAGACUUUCUCGUGACGUUACACUGUAAAAGGUCUCGCCCUCAUUUUUUGGGGGUGGAAACUGUUCACACGUGGACACACUGGAGACCUUUGUUGUAUAGUUAAAGUCUGGUCUGUUUCAAUGUGGCUUAUGCUUUCUGUGUCCAGUAUGAAGGAAGUUAAUCCUUAAGUCUAUUGACGCACCCAUGCGUCAAUCUCAGUAACGUAAUAAAAAAAUCCACAUCAAAAUCCAUCAGUUUAAGCUAGAGAUAUUAGUUACUAUGGCGGCCUUCCGCAUCUGCGGUGGAAGGUGGCCGAGCUGCAGCGGUGUUUGUCGGACCAUGAGACAUCCCGAAAAUCGGUCUUCUCAUUAAAAUGUCUGUAGAGUCUGAACGGUUUGUCCUACAAACUAUUAUGACCCCCACAAGUGUCACGGGACUCGUCUGAAGGUAACCCAUACAAACUAAUGGAAGUAUGGAGGUAGUUUUGUGCCAACAAAAUAAGGGAUUAAAUAUGUGUCCAAAAAAAACUAAAAUAUUUCCUGAGCUUUCUUAACUCCUAGAUAUAGGACAGACGCUUCAAGACCUUAUUCCUUAUGAUUUAUUUUUUGACAAUCUUUUUUGCCAUUUAUGAAUGUGUUAUUCAAUGCGUUUCUAUGGGCUAGUAGUAAAGGCCAAAUUCAAUAUUUUAUCUUUUAAUCUUUUUUUUUAUACCUAAAGUGUUCCUAAAAUAAAAAAAUCUAAUAGCUAAAUGAUCCAUGGUAUGACCAUCUUAAAACAAUUCCAUAUGUUAGCUUAGCAUAUACCUUUCAGUCGUUGCGCUUUCGCUAGUUAGCAAUUGCGGUAGCGCUGGUUAGCAACUUCCUUUAAACUGCACGCAGAGACUUAAAAAUGGUAUCCACAAGUUUAUCUGACUCUGGGGAAGUAGAUAAAUGGCAAAUUCCCCGAAGUACCCCUUUAACGUUAUCAGCAUGUCCUAUAACAAGUGUGAUGAAUAUACUGUUCAAUCAUGUUGUUUCUCUGCGGAAUUCCCCAGACUUUUGACUUGACAUUCACAUGAAUUAAAUAAACUUUAUUGAUUCCCAAAGGGGAAAUUUGAUGUAUUGGAUGAUUUGUGAACAACUUUUACCGCCGGCACUGUUUCUGACACCACAUCACUGUUGUUUUCCCCCCUCAGGAUGAGUACAGGGCAGAGGGCAUCAGCUGGCACAACAUCGACUACAUCGACAACACAGGCUGCAUCAACCUUAUCAGCAAGAAGCCGACUGCGUUGCUCCAUCUGCUGGAUGAAGAGUGCAAGUACGUGAGCUGUCAUGUCAAAGCCUUUCUCUUUUCUCCAUCCUUUUUUGUACACCUCUGUCCUAGUUAAAGCAAUACCUCAGGGCACAUUCCUGCAAUGUCACAUUAAGAUGUGUACUUUCUUAGCCAAAACCUAAAUCUGCAGUAAAAAGGGUUUGUUCUUGAAUGUCCUCAGGCUCCAUAGAACAUAGUAGUUGGGAAGGAUUAAGCAGGGCUCAGAAGAUGGUGCUGUUUAUAUACAGUCAGGUCCACAAUUAUUGUCACCUUGAUAAUGACCAAAAAAUACUGGAAAAUGUGAUUAUUAUAUACUAAUACAAUUGCUCAGAGAAAGAGAUUUUGUUUAACAAGUAAUAAAAAAGAUAGGGGUCAAAAUGAUUGGCACCCCUGUUUUCAGUUUUCCAGAACCCCCCCCCCCCCUGUGAGAAUAAUGACACUAAGCCUUUUUCUAAAAUGUUUUAUGAGAUUGGAUAAACACAUUGGGAGGGAUCUUAGACCAUUCCUCCUUACAGAAUCUUUCCAGAUCCUUGAUAUCCCCCCAUACACAAAAAUGUAUGCACGCAUGACUGUAAGUCGCUUUGGAUAAAAGCGUCUGCUAAAUGGCAUAUUAUAUAUUAUUAUUAUAUAUUAUAUAUAUCCUUUGUCUGCUCUUAUGGACAGCCCUCUUCUAUUCAAACCACAUAUUUUCAAUGGGGUUCAUGUCCAGAGACUGAGAUGGCCUUUGCAAAAUGUUGAUUUUGUUUUGAUGUGUGCUUGGGAUUAUGGUCUUGCUCGAAGAUCUACUUGUGGCCAAGUGUCAGCCUCCUGGCAGAGGCAACCAGGUUGUUGGCUAAAAUGUCCUGGUACUUGGUAAAGUUCAUGAUGCUGUUGACCUUAACAAGGGGGCCCCAGGACCAGCGGAAGCAAAAUAGCCCCGUAACAUCCAAGAACCACCACCAUAUUUUACCGUAGGUAUGAGGUGCUUUUCUGCAUAUGCCUCAGUUUUUUGACAAAACAUGCGGUUUGAAUUGAAUAGUGAACUCCAUAGGCGCAGACGAAGGAUAUCUGGAAAGAUUCUAUAUGGAGGAAUGGCUUAAGAUCCCUCCCAAAGUGUUCUCCAAUCUCAUAAAACAUUUGAGAAAAUAGGCUGUGUCAUUAUCCUUGCAAGGGAAGGGUGCUGGAGUAUUGAAAUCAAAUCCAAUUUUAUUUGUCACAUGCACCGAAUGCAACGGGUUGUAGACUUUACUGUGGAAUGCUAGCUUACGAGCCCUUCCCAAUGAUGCAGAGUUAACAGAAAUAAGACAUAUAAAAAUUUAAAAUAGUAAAUAAAUGAUGCCUUUUUACCCUCAUCUUUUUUUGUAUUACUUGUUGAACAAAAUCUAUUUUUCUGAGCAAAUGUAUUAGUAUAAAAUAAUAUCAUUAAAAAAAAAAGAAUCAUUCAAUAUAGCUCAGUGUUGGUAUUAUUUAUUUUAUACAGUCUUUUUUGCUCAUCUUUAUCAAGGGUGCCAAUCAUUUUUAAUCUGACUGUAUGUCAAACUUCUUUAGAACAAAGCCAAUAUAAAACCAAGUUGGUUACAUUGCUGGACUUUCACUCAUUUAUAGUGACCUUAGAGUCACCCUCCUUAGUCACCCCUUGAAAAAGAGACUCUGGGUCUCGAUGGGCUUUUCCUGGUUAAAUAAAGAUUUAAAAAAAUAAAAUAAAAAAUAAUAAAGAUUACAGACAAGAUGUGGAAUACAACAGACUCUCUUCAUUACUAGUGAAAUGCUUGAUUGAUUACGACGUUAGCCAGGCUAACUUAAGCACAUCAAAAUUAUACUCAUUCAUACGUUUGCCUUUUUGGGGCACAUGUACACUUUCGCUCACCCUUUUUAAAAGCCUCUCACACAGGCCACUUCACAAUACCAUCUCAAUCCCACAUACAUUGAAGCCUCGCACACAAAAACACACAGGACCACCAUGACUGUAUUAGCCAUGCUAAGCUAGCUAACCUAGCCUAACCUAGCUAUUAGCGCUGCUAGCCACUUAGCUCUGAACACUGAUCUGGAUGUAAUAAGAAGUGGAUGGAUGAGUGUGGAUGGACUGCUUUCCCAGAGCCACAACGUCAAAAUGGGAUCUUUUUCCCCUCUUAAAGGCCUCCCUCCCGGGCCUCUCACGUGAUUUAUUUCAUCACAUGGAGGAACGCGAUGCUUAUCAUUAUGAUUUCAUCAUUUAUAGUUAGCUUUAGCUAGCUUGCGGUCUCUAUCAGACUCUCUCUCAAGGAUAGCAUUUGUUUCCAGGGGCCCUACUACAGGUUACUCCAUUUAUAACGGGCCAUUGAGGCGUUCUCUGACCCCAAGGGGAACUAGGAUGUGUCAUAGCCUCCGAGGCUUGUUUUAGUGAGUGGUGUGUAGUUUGCUUUAAUAAGGAAGCACGCUACUUUGUACAGAGCAGAGGAGUCCCAUAGCGUGCUUUAGCUAAUGGCCGAAAGUUUGCGGCAAUGUGUAUGAGAAAAAAAGCUGAUACCAAUUUACCCCGGUAUACCUUAGGAUUAUGUUUGGUCUACAUUCCCCUACAUAUUUUAUUGGAUAUUGAAGCUAAAACUGUUUAUUUGGCUUUGAGUUCAAAUGUUUCAUAUGAGGCGACAGAACAGAAUGUCACCUUUUAUUUGAGGGUAUUUUCAUACAUAGCUGUUUUACUGUUUAGAAAUGAAAGCACUUUAUGUGCUGUAUCUAGUCCCCCCAUUUGAAGAUGUCAAGUAUUUGGAAAGAUCACACACAAAGGUCAUAACCCCAAGACAUUCUACCUUCUCAGCAUUACCAAUAACAGGGGAGGUUACACUUUUGACUACUUUAAUACACAUAUAAGUGAAUUUGUCCAAAUACUUACAACACCUUCAAAUGGAGGGACUCUGUGAUACAUUUGAGCCAGAUCCUGCCGGAACAGGAUCUGGCACCUCUCCGUUUUGGACUGUUGCUCUGGAACCUAUUUGGCCGGAUCCGAUACCUCUUGUGGCAUCAAAAAUAAUUGUCACUUUUUGAAUAAAAGCGAUCAAAGUUCAUUCUAGUUGCCUCUUUGUGAAUUCUCCUGCACACCCCAAAAAAUGUCAUGUGAAAAAGUAGAUUUUCAGCCCGGGCCUGAUAUUCUAAGAGUUAAUUUGGGUUUGGUCCGGGUUUAUGGUUCGCGCAACAUUGUAACCUAUGUUUGAGACCAACGCGUGGUCGUGGCUGUGUGAGAUGCGCGCCUGUAUCUCUAACAGAACUAGAAUGAGAUUCACUUUAUAUGAUCUAUCUCCCUCUCUCUGCUCUGAUAGACAUGAGCCUGCAACUCAAUCUCUCCAGCGUUACACUUCAUCAUUUAUUUCCUUUUAGAAUCAUAGGGUUCUGGGGGAGCACAGCACCCCUAAUAAAUUGAAAUACAUUUUCCAAAGUUAUAGAAUUACUGCUGGCUGUUCAGAAAUUAAUGAAAUAAUUCAGAAUAGCCUACUACACCAUGAGAAGGCCUAUAAAUUAGCCACAGAGGAGCAAUAGCUUCUUUUUUUUAAAUUGCCUAGCUGUGGAUUGUGUGUAGCCCAAUAACAGGACUUAGUUUACAGUCGGGAAGGUGCGGCAAAUCUGUCAGUGAACAGCAUGCAGAGAAAAGACUUUCGCAACAUUUCAAAUACACUCUCGGGAAAACACAGGUUGGAAAGCAAAUAGCUCCUGCUGAAAAGAGAGAACUCUAAUCUGUCUGCUGUAGGCUACCAACAUUUUUGAUCAACUUCCAAAUAUUGUUUUACAAAGUAAAAAAAACUAUAAUGAGAGAGGCUUUUGGCACGAACGAAUCGGCCAUCACCGGCAAGUGAGAUGCGCAUCAUUGGGAGAGUCAGUGAAACUGAAAAGCAUUUUUUGGACUAUAAUUUCCUCCUCAUAUUGUAGCCUACAAUAUGUUUCCACACACCUAGGCCUAGGCUAUUGAUGCAUUCAAGACAAGGUUGUUUUUAUUGUUCUCAGUUUGUCAGUGUCAAAGUAGCCUAUAAUUUUGUUCAUUUUUGCAGUAUUAAAAAAGAUUCAGCCUAAGUCUCCAGUCAUGUAAAAUUACGUAGAAUUGCAUGAAAUGCGUUAAUAAAAGGCCACCUUUUUAUUAGACCCUAGGCUACAAAAGCAUUUCCCCAUGUGGGUAACUUCUGCAAGUGCCUCUACUCUACUCUUCUAUGCCACUAUGCAAAUGAUAUGCAUGCAAUGCUUUAUUAUAAAUAAAUAAAAUGCUCAUGCCCCCCCCCCCCCCCCCCCUUGUCCCUUUAGUUUCCCCCAGGCCUCUAACCAGACCCUGCUGGACAAGUUCAAGCGGCAGCACGAGGGGAACAGCUACAUCGAGUUCCCCGCUGUCAUGGAGUCCGCCUUCAUCAUCCGCCACUACGCCGGCAAGGUCAAAUACGGGGUCAAGGUAAGGACUGCUGAUGUGAUUUCAUGAUGACAAUGUGUCCGUAGAUCGGUGUACUCAUCUGUCAACCACACAACAUUCUCAACAACAGGUCAUGCCACAUGUCAGCCUGUUUGUCAAAGUGUAUGUCAUUAUUGACAGACACUGGCUUUGUUGACUGAUGAUUGGCCUUGACACAAGCCUGAAUGUGCUACUGGGCCUCUAAUAAAACCAAUGAAAUAUUCUGUGCCAGAAAAAGUGUAACUAGGUGUGUAGCUAGAUACUUCCCUUCAGAGAGAAACAAUCCCAAAUUCUCAGCAAAAGAAAAUGACACAGCCGCAAAAAAUGCAUUCAAAGCUCAGUUAUGACACUAUGGUAUUUGCCCGGAACUUGCACCAUUCUUCCAUUCUGUAAGUCAUUCGUCAGACUACUCAAACAUACACUGAGUGUACAAAACAUUAGGAACACCUGCUCUUUCCAUGACAUUUUACAUUUUUACAUUUUAGUCAUUUAGCAGAUGCUCUUAUCCAGAGAGACUUACAGUUAGUGAGUGCAUAGAUUUUCAUACUGGCCCCCCGUGGGAAACGAACCCACAACCCUGGCGUUGCAAGCGCCAUGCUCUACCAACUGAGUUACACGGGGGCCCAUGGACUGACAGGGUGAAUCCAGGUGAAAGCUAUGAUCCCUUAUUGAUAUCACUUGUUAAAUCCACUUCAAUCAGUGUAGAUGAAGGGGAGGAGACAGGUUAAAGAAGGAUUUUUAAGCCUUGAGACAAUUGAGUGAAUGGGCAAGACAAACUAUUUAAGUGCCUUUGAAUGGGUAUGGUAGUAGGUGCCAGGCGCACUGGUUUGAGUGUGUCAAGAACUGCAACGCUGCUGGGUUUUUCCCGCUCAACAGUUUCCUGUGUGUAUCAAGAAUGGUCCACCACCCAAAGGACAUCUAGCGAACUUGACACAACUGUUGGACGCAUUGGAGUCGACGUGGAAUAUGGAAUGUUAUCGACACCUUGUAGAGUCCAUGCCCCGACGAAUUGGGGCUGUUCUGAGGGAACUCAAUAUUAGAAAGUUGUUCUUAAUGUUUUGUACGCUGAGUGUAUAGUUACUGAAAGGAAACCAGUCCACUUGUUGUUCCAUUGACCUGUUUUGCCAUUUGAAUCAGAUUCACAGUCCAGUUCCCUGCUGUGUUUUGAUAUAAAGCUUUAUAUAUGCUGGAGGUGAUGAUAUUGUAUAUAGGCCCACCCAUAACAGCUUUAACUGUAGAUAUGAAGCUCUCACAUAUCAGUUGGCAGCUACCCAGCAUGUAUGCUAUUGUUGUUUGUGUGUGAGGUGUAUGCAGUGUGAGUCAGAUACAUUAAACGUGUUAGUAACAUGGUUGAUAAUUAACACAGCUGGCACAUAAGAAGCCAUGAGUGUAAAAACAGGGAGAGUACAUGGAAUUGUGCCUGUGCGUGCGACAUCAGUGCUAUUAAACAAAUGUAUUUAUAUUCCACCGCAGUGUUUCUUUGCAUGCUCAAGUAAAGGGCCUAGUAUUCUCUUGCACGAUGAUAUGAAAUAUGAAAAAACUAAUUGAUGCUCUCUCCUUAAAGCCCUGCCUGGUGAUAUUCUUAUUUCUAAUUGGUCUAUUAACAUUAGUUUAAUAGACCAAUAAGAAAGAGAGUUCCAAACUUCUCUGCCAAUAACAGCUAUUUUUCAGUUUUCCCCUCCCCACUCAGACCACUCCCAGACAGUCCUAGCUAAAUUCUUGCUUGAGAAAUUGCUCUUUGCUAAGCAAUUUGUUUCUUUUUGACUAUUUUAAAUUAAAACAAACAAUCCAGAGUGAGGUACUUAAUUAUUACCCAGAAAUGAUUUGAUAUUGAGGAAAAAACUGCUGCAUUGGACUUUUAAACAAGGACACAUUUGCACUCGGUUUUGGUUUCGAGCUCGUAAGUGGUCCAUAAUAUCGUCAUUACCACGAGUGUCAUAGUUCUCACACAUAAAGCGUAGCUAAUUACGUUGCUAAAUGCUAGCCAGUUCAAUCCACCUCAGAGCCAUCCCCUCCAUUGGGUAUAUUAGUUGGUUCAUAGAUUUAGUAGCUCAUAGAUUUACAGUUAGUAGAACGAACACCCAAGUGUUCAAUUAAUAGAUGCUUACCAUUAACAGUUUUACUUUAAGUUCUUAACAUUUUCGUACUGGUAAUUCCACUGGUACAGUAUGGUGUAGCUCAUGUCUAUUAUCUGUAUAUCUAUAGUUGAUCCAGUUGAUAGAUCUCAUCUGUAUACUAUCUUCCGCCCCCCCUACAGGACUUCAGGGAGAAGAACACGGAUCACAUGCGUCCGGACAUCGUGGCCCUGUUGAAGAGCAGUAAGAACGCCUUCAUCUGUGGCCUGAUGGGCAUUGACCCCGUGGCUACCUUCCGCUGGGCCGUGCUCAGAGCCUACUUCAGAGCCAUGGUGGCCUUCAGGGAGGCCGGGAAGAGACACACUGACAAAAAGACUGGUGAGACUAGGGCUGUUAAGGUGACCGUAUUACCGCCACACCUGCGGUCACGAGUCAUGACGGUAGUCAAAUUCCACGUGACCAUUUAGUCACGGUAAUUAGGCUUCUCCAAGCUCUGAUGCUGCUGAUGGUCUUGGUAGCCUACCAAACUUGCUAACUGCCUGGUACUCAGCACUCUAUUGUCCCUCUAAUCACUCUGACAUCAAUGCAAAUGUGAUCGAAAAUCUAAUCAAACACUUCAUGAGAGUCCAUGAGCUCAUGUUGCGCAAUAUUUCUAUAGGCUAUGCAAUUGCGUGAGAAAACAGAGUGAUGGCCUCUAUUAAAAAGAGGAGGAUCCCAUCAGUUUUCUAUAGGCUAGGCCUAAUUUAUUUAUUUAUCAACUUUCCAAAUAUUAAGCACUAGUGGCGAUUUUAGCAUGUCAAUCUUGGUGUCGCAAACAUAACAAAAACAAUUGGGAUGAAUGCCAGCAAAGUCACAACACAACACAACACUAAACAAUACAUUAAUUGCACUAAAAUGGUGACAAACGGUUCCCACAAACAGAGCUUUCUUUUCAGCACCAUGGAGUGAAUCCUUACCACUGCUACACCUGUUUCUGACAGCGAAACAGUUCAUUAAGCCUCAUUAAAAAAAAAAAACAUAGCUGAUAUGGCUGACUUGCUUAAACAAAUGUGGUUUCUACUGACAAUUGAGAUGUACAAACUAUGGCAUAAGGGGACGACGAGCGGAUAAGAGGCAAUCCGUAAUUUCGAUUAAGACAUUAAUGAGCGAGCUAGGACGGAUGUAGUCUAUAUAACUAUUUGUUCAGCACUUUUGAAAUGUACAGCGACAUAAUUCAGAACAUGGGCCGUUCUUACAGUAUUGUCCCUGUACACCAAGUCAGAACCGUAGGAUAAAUAAAGGGGGCAUAUAAGCAGACAAUGAAAGCUCUUACAAUAUUCAAUGAUUACAUUUCUCUAAAACAGGCUAUAGGCUACAUGUGCACCACCAAGAGAACAGUAGGCUAAGUUAUGAGGGGGAAAGGGACCAAAUUAUUAGGGUGAGGCACAUGGGCUACUAACAACUUACUACACAACAUACACUUAGUAUUACUUUCUUAGCUACAGUAUACAUAUCUCCCUGGCAUAUUACAUCAUUUAUGCAGCACAUACAAGACAGUUUUGGACUCACCUUGUUGUGCUGUGCUUACUUGAACAGGAAGAUGGCGCGGCGGUCCUUGUUGGCAAAUUCUGUAAUCAAAGUCUGGCAUUUUCUGGAUUUAUGGUGCUUUCAAGACAACUGGGAACUCUGAAAAAAAACAAGGUUGAAUCAUGACGUCAGUGAUCUUCAGGUCGGAACUCUAGAAAGAAGCCAGAUUGCCCGACCUGGAAUUCCGAAUUGGAUGACUGUUCAAAAUGUAUUUUCCCAGUCGGAGCUAGUUUUUUUCUGAGUUCCCCGUUGUCUUGAACUCACUGAAGUCUGAGAUUUCCCAGUUCCGUGUUUCCAGUUGUUCUGAACGCGGCAGAAGUCAUGCUGGAUUGAAAGAAUGGCCAAUGUAUUAAAUCUUUUCUGGCCCAUUGUGUUGCAUGUGAAUGUUUAUCCUUUGGAAAAGAGACCCUUAAACCCAGACUUGGACCACACACCCACUCCACUGAAUAGCAGGCUAGUGCCCUUUUUUUGUGUGUCAUUUAGCAGAUGCUCUUAUCCAGAGCGACUUACAGCAGUAAUUAGGGUUAAGUGCCUUGCUCAAGGGCACAUCGACAGAUUUUUCACCUAGUCGGCUCGGGAAUUAGAACCAGCGACCUUUCAGUUACUGGCACAACGCUCUUAACCACUAAGCUACCUGCUGCUCAAUUGAUUCCUUCCAAACCACUCAUUGUUGAAUAUGCGAUUUCCAACUUGUUGUGUAAUGUUCAUUUCCAAUGGCCAAUGAGCACCGACACGCUUUAUCUAUAAUUUCGCUUCAUAUGACAAGGAUUGAAAAUAAUUUGCCAGUAGAUUGUCGACUUGAUUCAUAAUGAUGACCUCUUGUCUAGCUUGCUAGCUAAGAUUUUGAAAGUAUGAUGUUGAUAUGAUCAGUCCAAUCAAAGCUAUGGUAGAUAUAACCUGAUUUGACGUCAUUUUAUCUGUGGCCAAUGACCUUGAGCCUUCUUGGAUGGGCACUUCUAAUGUAACACUAUGGCAGCACCCAAGGGGCUUGAAUUUUCGAGCUCUCCCCGUAGAUUUUGCGGUGAGGUAGUGUGCCCAUGAGUGACAGAACACUGAGCCAAUCACGGCGCAACUAGAGAACAUUACCAACCCCUAUGCUCAGUAUUUUCCGCUGGCUGCCCCACCACCACAGAAAGCACUGAGCUAGGCUGAAACACCUGCAUUUGGGAGCUUCCUUACUCAAGAAAGCAAAAAAGAGACCAUGUUUGUAUGCGGCUUUAUUAACUUAAUUAUUCUUCUUUUUUUUUACAUUGUUUGCAAACUGAUACAGUUGAAGUCGGAAGUUUACAUACACCUUAGCCGAAUACAUUUAAACUCAGUUUUUCACAAUUCCUGACAUUUAAUCCUAGUAAAAAUUCCCUGUAUUAGGUCAGUUAGGAUCACCACUUUAUUUUAAGAAUGUGAAAUGUCAGAAUAAUAGUAGAGAGAAUGAUUUAUUUAAGCUUUUAUUUCUUUCAUCACAUUCCCAGUGGGUCAGAAGUUUACAUACACUCAAUUAGUAUUUGGUAGCAUUGCCUUUAAAUUGUUUAACUUGGGUCAAACGUUUCGGGUAGCCUCCCACAAGCUUCCCACAAUAAGUUGGGUGAAUUUUGGCCCAUUCCGCCUGACAGAGCUGGUGUAACUGAGUCAGGUUUGUAGGCCUCCUUGCUCGCACACGCUUUUUCAGUUCUGCCCACAAAUGUUCUAUAGGAUUGAGGUCAGGGCUUUGUGAUGGCCACUCCAAUACCUUGACUUUGUUGUCCUUAAGCCAUUUUGUCACAACUUUGGAAGUAUGCUUGGGGUCAUUGUCCAUUUGGAAGACCCAUUUGCGACCAAGCUUUAACUUCCUGACUGAUGUCUUGAGAUGUUGCUUCAAUAUAUCUACAUAAUUUUCCUUCCUUAUGAUGCCAUCUAUUUUGUGAAGUGCAACAGACUCUCCUGCAGCAAAGCACCCCCACAGCAUGAUGCUGCCACCCCCGUGCUUCACGGUUGAGAUGGUGUUUUUCGGCUUGCAAGCACCACCCUUUUUCCUCCAAACAUAACGAUGGUCAUUAUGGCCAAACAGUUAUAUUUUUGUUUCAUCAGACCAGAGGACAUUUCUCCAAAAAGUACGAUCUUUGUCCCCAUGUGCAGUUGCAAACCGUAGUCUGGCUUUUUUAUGGCAGUUUUGGAGCAGUGGCUUCUUCCUUGCUGAGCGGCCUUUCAGGUUAUGUCGAUAUAGGACUCGUUUUACUGUGGAUAUAGAUACUUUUGUACCUGUUUCCUCCAGCAUCUUCACAAGGUCCUUUGCUGUUGUUCUGGGAUUGAUUUGCACUUUUCGCACCAAAGUACGUUCAUCUCUAGGAGACCGAACGCAUCUCCUUCCUGAGCGGUAUGACGGCUGUGUGGUCCCAUGGUGUUUAUACUUGCGUACUAUUGUUUGUACAGAUGAAUGUGGUACCUUCAGGCAUUUGGAAAUUGCUCCCAAGGAUGAACCAGACUUGUGGAGGUCUACACAUUUUUUUCUGAGGUCCUGGCUGAUUUCUUUAGAUUUUCCCAUGAUGUCAAGCAAAGAGGCACUGAGUUUGAAGGUAGGCCUUGAAAUACAUCCACAGGUACACCUCCAAUUUACUCAAAUGAUGUCAAUUAGCCUAUCAGAAGCUUCUAAAGCCAUGACAUCAUUUUCUGGAAUUUUCCAAGCUGUUUAAAGGCACAGUCAACUUAGUGUAUGUAAACUUCUGACCCUCUGGAACAGUGAAUUAUAAGUGAAAUAAUCUGUCUGUAAACAAUUGUUGGAAAAAUGACCUGUGUCCUAACCGACUUUCCAAAACUAUAGUUUAACAAGAGAUUUGUGGAGUGGUUGAAAAACAAGUUUUAAUGACUCCAACCUAAGUGUAUGUGUAUGUAAACCUCCGACUUCAACUAUAUGUGACACGUAUUAAUGCCAAAAUAACAUGCAAAAUGUUUUAGAUAUAUUUUGUAUGCUAAACAGAUGGGGGCUCAAAACAGGUGGGGCUCUGUCCUGAAUGAAGGGUUGCCACUGUUAAGCUCACUGCUUCGCUUUACAACAGGAGUAUAGCCUGGCUUGUAUGAAAAUGAACCCUUUUCUGAGACAUUUCUAUAGGCUAUGCUAUGUAAUUGCGUGAGAAAACAGAGUUUUGAUGGCCUAUUAAAAGGAGGAGGAUCCCAUCAGCUUUCUAUAGGCCUACUAUAUUUAUUUCUCAACUUUCCUAAUAUUAAGCACAUUGCUUCUCUUUACAACAGGAGUAUAGCCUACCUGGCUGGCAUGAAAAUGAACCAUGGAAAAAGCAUCCUGCAUUCACAAUUUAAGUGCAUAGAUGACAUGUCUUUUUUUCCCCUGCCCCUGUUUCGAGACAGGUGUAUGAUAAUGGUCCAUUCUAAAUCAAAACAAAUAUCACACAUAUAUUAUUUAAUAUAUGUAAAGACAACAUUAAAUUAAGAAUAGUCUGAUGGGUGACAAUAUUAGCCUAUGACUUGUGAAUGAUGUAUUAUCACUUGUGAAUGAUGCCCAGCUUGUGCAUUAAGGCAAGAAACGGCGCAUACCUUUUUUUUUUCUCUCAACUUUUUCAAAACAUAGUCGCACACCUCAUGUAUCCUAGCCCAUAGGCCUAUAUUUUUUGAUAAGGUUUGUAUCACAACUAAAGUGUCCAAGAAACGUAAUCCGUUUUUUAUAACCAGUGUAGAGCCUAACUGGCAUACAUAGGCUGCACAUGAGUUUCAAGUUUGGGGAAGAUCAUUUUCACCAUAGAAAUUCACCUUUAUAAUUACAUUUUUAUUACAUUUUUAGUCAUUUAGCAGACGCUCUUAUCCAGAGCGACUUACAGUUAGUGAGUGCAUAACAUUUUUUUUCUUCAUAUUAAAGCAUUACAUGCAUAAUCACAUUUGCCAUCACUUUCGAGAACAGUGUUUUCCCGCUAAUUGAUUGCAUUUUGGAACAUUAGCUCUCAUAGCCUACUGCCAUGCAUAUUGCUGCACUCAUAAUGUGAAAAAAUUGCCUGAUAGUUUAUCAACAUUUUAAGCUAAACGAUCAGCCUCAUUGCUUUUAAAAGGUUUUUUGAUGCGAGUGGUUGUAUUAAUUUGGGAUCUAUCGCAUCCCACAACUGUCCCAGAGUAUGUUUUGAAUAUUUAUUUGUUACACAGAAGGAUAGAAUAGGUCAACUUUUGUACUGUUGGGGAUAGUAGAUUGACAUAGGCUAGUGCUUUUGCUGUUCGUUAGGCCUACUCAUCUUGUUGGCUGACGAAAUGUAGGCUAAAUGUGGACAGUUCUAACAUCUACAAUAUGCGCCUCGGAAUUCGAUAAGAGGGACGUGCCCAGGUGCGUCACCGAUGUGGCUCUCUUCUUUCAAUUGUAACCUACUUAGCUGAAAUGCCUGUGAGAAGGACCCGAUCACGUGAUGGGCAUUGGCUACAUCUGAGCGAGCCAUGUGAGUGAGAGUUGCUUCGGAGCGCGGCAGCCGGGAGAAGGGAAUUUUAAUUAGCCUAUUAUAUUCAGCCUAAGAGCACAAUGCCCACUUUGGCCGCAAAAGGCAUGGAUUUUUUAGGGGGCAUUACGGCCACACAAGGGUGAUGCCGCCAGGAAAUUCGAGGCCUGGUGAGACUAUUAUCAAGUGCUUGUCAAAGUCCCAUCAUGCAGCCUUAGAAUGUAUUAAACAUCAAAACAUAUAGCCCAACGUUUGUAUCACAACUAAAGUUGCAUAAAUAACUCUAAAUUAAGCAUAUAGGACCUGUUUCUUUGUAAACCACUCAACACAGAAUAGGCGCAUGUGCGCACUUCCUUUGAAAUCGUUUGGAGAAAAUAUCCUUUCAAUCUAUUAAGGUAUGUUCAAUUGUAUUCAUCAUACUUUAAAAAUAAUGCCACGGAAUUCUAAGCAAAUCCUGUCUGCUAAAUGAACUAGUGUAGCCCACAGCCACAUGGCAUAGCAUACUCAGAGUAUGCUAUUCUGUUCUUCUGAAAUAGACAACAUUUUCUUCAUAUCAUGUUUCUUUAGACCAGUGUAGGCUAUAUUACAUGGAUUUAUUAGACUUUUUAAAAUGUAGAUGUUCCAAAGGUCUGCAUCAGUGGCUUGUAGGCUAUGUGUGGAAGCCAGGAGAUGCUAAACGUAUUUAUGCUAAUUAACAGUAAAUUACCAUGAGACCGGCAGUUAUUUGCUUGACAGUCACCAGCUGACAAAACGUAAUGACCACCACAGCCCUUAGACUGCUCGUGUACAUCAACAUAAACACACACGUAUGUGUAUAUACUCAGUCAAACACACACACACACAUACUCUUGGACAUACACUUGUACACUCUCCCAGACACACACACACUCACCCCUCUUCCACAGUGACAGAGAGCCAUACUCUGAAGCUUCUCGUGAUGUGAAUUGUCUCCCCCCAGAGCUACCACAGUACAGUAUAUUUCCCUCAGUGGGGUGUCAGAAAUAGCAACUGCUGAAAUAUGUGACCUUUCUCCAGGGUUGCUCCCAAGGGAUUUUUUUUGCCACAUAAUGUGUUUCUCCUGAUCCUUCUCCGCCGUUAGACUAGCUUGAUUUCACAACCCCCGAAGUCUAUUCCAUUAUUCAUCGCCAUGGAGACACUGGCAAGGCAGCAUCCUGGAGGUUGAGAGUUUUAGGGGGACAAACCCGACCACUGAUUAUGCAUGGGCUGCUACUUUCCCCCAUCAUCACUGAACUUCCACAUAAGGCUUCAUCUCCAACCAGUUACAUGACAUUCAGUCAAACUUUUUGUAAACUUAACACACACUAUUUCUUCCUCUCUAAUUUCUCUAUCUCUCUUUCUAUCUGUCUGUACCUCUCUCUCUCUCUCUCUCUCUCUCUCUCUCUCUCUCUCUCUCUCUCUCUCUCUCUCUCUCUCUCUCUCUCACAGGGAAUGAUGCUGCUGUACCAUGUGUCGUCAAGAGCGUGGACAGCUUCAGCUUCCUCCACCACCCUGUGCACCAGAGGAGCCUGGAGAUCUUGCAGAGAUGCAAAGAUGAGAAAUACAGUAAGAAACUCCCACAAUCCUCUUUGCUGCCCAACUCACUUUUCCUGGGGCUUACAAAUAAGGAAGGGAACAAUUAG